UAGUUACCUAGGUAAAUCAUGUAACUACAUAACUACUGUACAACAUCGUGGACCCGUGCAUGACGGUGCUUGGGACAAUGGCUUAGUUUACCAGAAUACCAGAGCAAUAAUUCUAAUUACUGCUAUACGUGUAUCUAAUAAUCCCUUCUCUUCCUUUUCUCUUCCCUCGCUUAUUCGCUCUGGUAUUUUUCCUUUACUAUCAAAGUCUAGUUUUGCUCUUGUUUCUUUGCCGUCAAAGCCCAGAUCACGGGGACAGACAAAGAGCCGCAUCCCAAAGACCAACUUCGCCUCCAGCACUUCUUCCACUUCCACUUCCACUUCCACCCACCUCCAGCAGACACUCCCUCCCACUCCUCUUCAGCAUCACGAGGAUACGCAACGAUUCUAUUGCGAGAAAAUAGCCUCUUGAUUCCCCCACCUCAGGUUUAGCCUUUCUACAGGCCGCGUCAUUCCUAGCUCCGUUGGCUCGAGUCUAGUUAGUUGUUAGCCGCCUUUUUGGAUUUCGCUCGACGGAGUAAAGAUCUUGAACUUAUGCGAUUAGCAUUGCCUACGACGUCACUCAAAGACAUAACUCCGUUCCUGCGCUCUUGCCUAUACCCCUUAUCCUCUACCAACCACUCAACCUACAGAUGGUUUCCGGUAUACGGUGUAGCCUUUUCAUUCGCAACUAACGGUUGCUACGCUCUCCGUGAUGGAGGCUAAGAAUAAUGAAGGCCAUGAUGGGAAUGGCACCGACGAGGGCUCUAUUAAACCCGUUUCUUCCCUCCUCUCUCACUUCGAAAACCUCGCUCACCUUGAACCCAAGUCGGAUCACACCGCCUUACCAAGUCGUGAGUCCCGCUCCAACUUCCUAGAAACUCCAACCGUCGUCGCUGGUCGUGCAUCCUUGGACCUACCGCGCCCAGACCAUUCAAAUUGGUCGUCGUCUUCUUCCAAUGCACACUCCCAUGCUCACCCCCCCUCGUCGUCCGGGUGGCUUCACACUUCGAGGCAUAACCAUGGAGGUGCUACUACUCGGAACACAGAUGGGACUCCAGGAAGGCGGAUAUCGGCUAGGCCAGUGUCCAUGAAUGUGUCUUCAGCGCAGUGGAAAGCGCCAGUCCUCACUAUAGAUUCCCCACGGUCUAGUCCCAAGAGACAUGUCAUCCCUGCCACCGAGAAUCGCCUCGGGGAAGCCCAGACCGUUCCCGAACCUCCGCCGCCCCGAAGACCGCCCAGCAGCCAGAGUCGUCCGAUGAGUAGACCGACUACCCCUUUAGUCGAUUCUUCAAGUGUAGUAACGACUGGUGGUAGUCCCCGUCGGGCGGAUAACAGAGUUCGUGAUUCAAAGAAGUUCCCCAAAGCCGCGUCUCUGCCACCACCAGUCAACAGAGCGGAAAAGCCUAAAAUCCCUGCCACUACCAAAAGUCCCAUCCCUAUUUCUCGUUUGGAGACCCCGAAGUCUCUUGCGCCAACAUCGGAAAAGGUCACAGUCAAUGUUGCAGUGUCACCUUUCAGUACCCCUCCGAGUAGUCCUGAAAAAAAAUACCCUAAUAUCGUAGCAACAAACGGACAUGCCUCGGUUCGCGUUCCCGAACCUUACUCCGCUGUUGAGCGCGGAUCUCGUGCCACUUUCCCCGAACCUGCUCCGUUUCGACAUCCCCGCCGAUCCGCGACUUUUGAGGCCAAGCACCCUGGUCUAUCCGGCGCGAGAAACGCAACGACAGUAUUAAGUCGCGAAAUCAAACAGUCCCCUCCGCCCGUUCCAAUGAAACGGAGUGACACUGACGCUGCAAAACGAAGGAACGCGAAGGAAGCCCAAGACAGGCAAUAUACCAGUGAUAAUCCAGAGGAUCGACCAGGUCUGCCACCCCGCACUCAACCGCGAAUAUCGCGCCGGGGCGCUCCCCCACGGACUGGAGUACAAUCAACUACCACCCACUUAUCGUCUAGACGCUCGUUUGAUGUGCCUUCCAGACCAAUUAUCACAUCCAACUCUUCCUUCCGUGUUGGAAACGCAGAAACUGGUACAUAUUACCCUCCACCACCCCAAAGAGAUAAUGCUGUCGUUGCUGGCCGAAUACCUAGUUGCAGCAAGGUCCAGCCACAGCAUGCCCCGACACAAUUUGCACGGUCACCAAUGCGCUCAGUAGAAUCCCUUUCGUCGUCCCCAGCCUCCAACCAACGCCAGAUCAGUAGAUCUACCCUCGUGGAGUCAGAUGAAUCGGAGUAUCCAUUCGACGAUGCGCCAAUUCCUCGCACAGACUAUCCUGACUUUUCUAACACCAACCGUCGCCCACCGAUUUUCAAAAGCGGAACAAGAGGUAUUCACACCAAGCAUGACACUCGAGUCUUUGACGUUUGCGGGAAUUAUGCGUGCACGACGGGUUACUUUACUCGCGUCUGGGACUUAGUAAGCGGAGAGCAAAUUCUAGGAUUGAACCACGGGGAAACUGUUAAAGGUUUAUGUAUUGCAUUUAAACCAGGAAAUACAAUGAACGAUGAGGGGAAACUACUUUGGCUUGGCACGAAUUCAGGAGAGAUCCAUGAGGUUGAUAUUCAAACGCAGUCAAUUGUUUCGUCGAGGACGUCACCUUCCCGAAGAGAAAUUAUCAAGAUCUAUCGGCAUAAAAAGGAACUUUGGACACUUGAUGAUGAUGGCAAACUACUGGUCUGGCCUCCGGAUGAAUCCGGUGCGCCUAAUCUACAAUAUAGCUAUAGCCAUCCAUACGAUCGGGUUGCAAGGGGUCAUACUUUCUCGAUAGUUGUUGGAGGGAUGUUGUGGCUCGCAUCCGGUAAGGAAGUGUGGGUUUAUCGGCCCAAUUCGAAAGAUGCAGAUUUUCACGUCCUCAAGGGGCCCCUAGGAAAAUCAGAUGCAGGCGAAAUCACGUCCGGUACCACCAGUCCCAAAGACGGCGGCCUCGUAUACCUCGGCCAUGCAGAUGGGAAAGUUUCCAUUUACUCCUCCCAGGAUUACUCGUGUCGAGCAACACUGAACGUGAGCUUGUAUAAAAUACACUGCCUAGCGAUGGUUGGUGAUUAUCUUUGGGCGGCUUAUAAAACGGGCAUGAUCUAUGUCUACGACACUUCUACCACACCCUGGACGGUGAAGAAGGACUGGCAGGCGCACGAUCAUGCUGUCUGCGGGCUGUUGCUGGAUUCUAGUAGUGUUUGGACUGUGAAUAGGCUACAAGUUGUUUCUCUUGGGGUGGAUAAUUAUAUUCGCAUUUGGGAUGCUAUGCUUGAGGAUGACUGGCUUGAGGACCGCAUGCAUGACAGGGACGUCGAAUAUUGCCAGUUCCGUGAAAUUACCGCGUCCGUUCUUACGUGGAACGCAGGCGCAACGGUCCCGGGAAAUUUACGAGAUAGCACAUUCAUCAAAGAGGUGGUCCACCCUGAAAACCCACCUGAUAUCUUGGUUUUUGGAUUUCAAGAGCUUGUGGACCUGGAAAACAAAAAGAUCACUGCCAAGAGUCUCCUCAUGGGCAGCAAGAAGAAAGAUAGCGCAGACAAAGAACAUAUGAGCCGACAGUAUCGCGUCUGGAAAGAUUAUCUUGCUUCCUGCAUUCAUGAUAUAAUGCCACUUGAUCAGCCUUAUGUCCUCCUCCACACUUCAAACCUCAUCGGCCUAUUCACAUGCGUGUUCAUUAAACAAGAAGAACGCCAAAGAAUCAGAGGUAUAAGUGCAGCAGAAGUCAAGCGCGGCAUGGGUGGGCUGCAUGGCAACAAGGGUGCUCUCGUCCUCCGCUUCAUCCUCGACGACAGCUCUCUCUGCUUCAUAAAUUGCCAUCUGGCAGCUGGCCAAUCCCAGACCGCCAACCGCAACAACGACAUUGCCGCAAUUCUCGAAAGCAGUUCCCUUCCCUCCGAAUCAAGCUACUCGUCCCGCAUUGAUCUCUUCGUCGGUGGCGGUGACGGCACCAUGAUCCUGGAUCACGAAAUCUGUAUUCUAAACGGUGAUCUGAACUACCGCAUCGACUCGAUGCCCCGCAAUACCGUCAUCGAAGCCGUCAAGGCUCGCAACCUCCCCAAACUCCUCGACCGCGACCAACUCCUCGCCUCCCGCCGCAAAAACCCCAGUUUCCGCCUCCGUUCAUUCAAUGAGGCGCCCAUCACAUUCUCACCGACCUAUAAAUACGACGUCGGCUCAGACCAGUAUGAUUCUAGCGAGAAGAAACGGUCUCCCGCAUGGUGCGAUCGCCUCCUCUAUCGGGGUGUUGGGAGGGUCAAGCAGCUCGAGUACCGCCGUCAUGAGGUUAAGGUGUCGGAUCAUCGCCCAGUUAGCGGGCUGUUUAAGAUGCGCAUCAAGACUAUCUCCACAGAUAAGCGGACGGCUGUGUGGGAGGAGUGUCAGGAGGAGUUUUUACAGGUGAAGCGGAGGUUGGCGACGGAUGCUAGCAUCGACUAUCUCGUUCGCAUUCUUGGCCUAGAUCCCAAGGAGGCCAGGUCGUUGAUCUCUACUGCGCCUGGGACUAGAUAAAUGUGUGGUUCCCUAAGCCCCCUCUGCAACUCACCAUUCUCCAACUACGCCACCUCCAACUUAACGCUCUUUUAAACCAUCCUAUAUUAUUCCAACAUCGACCAAGAACACUAUAAUCUAAGCGCCUUAUUUGCUUGCCUUUGUUCUUUUCCUUCUGUACUCUUUUCAUACUCCAGGUACUUUUAUUAUCUCACAUUUUGCAUUAAUAUAUUGGACAGAGCAUAGAGAUCGAGAGAGCGAGAACGACCACUCUCGGUCCGAACGGGAACUUCUCCCUGCCACAACACAUUGCAUAUUAGAUAUUCCUCCUUUUGAUUUUUUUUUAACUGUACCCUUGCCUUUUCCACUUGCUCCUGCAAACUCUUUCCCCACCCCACCAGCAGGUUUAACGACGCCGGAUGAUUUUAUGACCACGUUGCUUUUGCUCUUUCCCUUUUUUUGUUUUUUUUCUGUUUUAUUUCUUGGUUAUUGAUAAUAAAGAGAUAGAUGGUUUGCUAGUUUGCUUCUGCGUCAGUGUACAUACCCAUUCUUCCACCAACACUUCUUCUUGCCUUUUUUAAUUUUUCCUUUUUUCUUUUUCUUCAGGGCAAUGUAUACACACACCUAAUUACCUGCAUCGUUUCUUAUAACUAUUUUACCGUAUUAUAGAUCGAGAUAUUACUCUUGUCCAACACGCACCAAAGCCUGCAUGGUUGUAUACAUUCCUUAAUGGAGUCUCAUUGAAGUUCUCAAUUGAAACGUGUUCUCUUUUUUUAUUUUUCAGGUGCCGGAGAGGCGUUGUCCAGUGCAGAGCAUCCCUAUGUAGUAAUUAAUUCGGUGCAAUUUUAAUCUUUCAACUGAGAAUAGGGAUCGUGAACCCUGCUCGAAACAACAUCGCGGUAGCAUAUCUAGCGGCGACGAAAGCCAAUUAAUUAGAUACCUUAGGCUCUAACAUCACGC